AUGUCGAAUCCCCUGCCGUCCGUGCCUCCCAUGGCUAGUCCUCCGACUGUCAUUCCCGUGGAUUCGUCUUCUGGCCUCUGGGAUCGCAUCACCUCUUGGGCUUCGGACAACAAGGCCAUUGUCUACACUGCUGCUGGUGUCGCCGUCGUCGCUACUGGUGCCGGUGUUAUCUACUUCCUCAACAGCGAUUCUAAGACGGACUCGACACCAAAGCUCAGCAAGAAGGAGCGUAGGAAAAGAAAGGAAGCCGAGCGGAAAGCUGCAGCAGAUGCCGAAAAGCAGCCCACACCUGCGGAGGCCGCAGCCCCUGCGCCGUCCCAAGUAGCCAGCGUCGAAUCCGCCGACGAGCUUCCCGAGAUCACCGAGACGACUGUUGCGACCUUCACCAUCGAGGAGCGCGAAAAAUACGCCGCCAAGCUUAAGGACGUCGGAAACCAAGCGUACGGUGGUAAGGACUACAACAAGGCCAUCGACCUUUACUCGAAGGCUAUUCUUUGCAAGGCCAACCCCAUCUUUUACUCCAACCGCGCCGCCUGCUACAAUGCCCUGGGCAACUGGGACAAGGUCGUUGAAGACACGACUGCCGCCAUCAACCUUGACCCCGAAUACGUCAAGGCUCUGAACCGCCGUGCUAAUGCCUACGAGCACCUGAAGAUGUACGGCGAGGCUCUUCUCGACUUCACUGCUUCUUGCAUCAUCGAUAGCUUCAAGAAUGAGAGCAGCGCUCAAUCAGUCGAGCGCCUACUUAAGAAGUUUGCCGAGCAGAAGGCUCAGGAGAUGAUGGCCAGCCGACCCAACAAGCUCCCUAGUCACACUUUCGUGGGCAACUACCUCCAGAGCUUCCGCGUCAAGCCUCGUCCGGCUGGUCUUGAAGACUCUGUGGUGUUGUCCGAGGAGACCGGCAAGGGACAGCUCCAAAUCGGCCUGAGCGCUCUGGAGAAGAAGACGGGCGAGGGCUACGAGGAGGCCAGAGCGGCCUUUGAGAAGGCACUGGAAUUGGGUGAUCUGGGCGACUUCGAGGCCCUGGCUUACAACUUGCGCGGUACUUUUAGCUGCCUGCUCGGAAAGCACGACGAUGCCAUGGUCGACCUGACAAAGAGCAUCGAGUUGGACCCUUCCAUGACCCAGAGCUACAUCAAGCGCGCCAGCAUGAACCUUGAGCUCGGCGCACCGGAGAAGGCUGCUGACGACUUUGAGAAAGCCAUGGAGCAGAAUACCGAAGACCCCGAUAUUUACUACCACCGCGCUCAGCUCCACUUCAUCAAGGGCGAGUUCUCCGAUGCCGCCAAGGACUACCAGAAGUCGAUCGACCUGGACCGCGACUUCAUCUUCUCCCACAUCCAGCUUGGAGUGACCCAGUACAAGAUGGGGUCCAUCGCAUCAUCCAUGUCGACCUUCCGGCGCUGCAUCAAGAACUUCAAGGAGGUUCCUGAUGUCUACAACUACUACGGCGAGCUGCUCCUGGACCAGGGCAACUUCCAGGAGGCGAUUGAGAAGUUCGAUAGCGCCAUUGAAAUGGAGUCGAAGACGAAGCCCAUGGCGAUGAACGUGCUUCCGCUCAUCAACAAGGCUCUCACCCUCUUCCAAUGGAAGCAGGACUUUGGAGAAGCCGAGAAGCUCUGCCAGAAGGCGCUAAUCAUCGACCCCGAAUGUGAUAUUGCUGUCGCGACAAUGGCCCAGCUUCUUUUGCAGCAGGGCAAGGUUACCGAGGCGCUCAAGUACUUUGAGCGCGCUGCAGAGCUUGCCCGCACCGAGGGCGAGAUUGUCAAUGCUCUCUCCUAUGCCGAGGCUACGCGCACGCAGCUCCAGGUCCAGGAGAAGUACCCCAAGCUGGCGGCAAAGCUCCAGGGCAUCGGCCCGGGUGGCAUGCCCCGGUAA